UCCCAGCCGGACGCCGCGUCUCCUCAGCAGGCCGCCGGCCGGGCCCGGCCCGGAGCGACGCCGCGGCCCUGGCGCAGCCGCCACCGCCUCCGCCGCCCUCGCGGGCGCAGACGUCUCCGGGGCUGGGGAGGGGCGCCGCCUCCAACCGCCGAGCGGCCACGGCCCGCGGCGUGUGGGCGCCGCCGGGCCGCGCGCCCGCCCCCGGGACCAGCCGCCUGUCCUCGGCGGCCCGCGAGGAGCUGCGGCGCCGCCUGCUGGGCCUCAUCGCGGGCCACCGAGUGGUGGUCUUCAGCAAGAGCUACUGUCCGCACAGCGCGCGGGUUAAAGAACUCUUUUCUUCUCUGGGAGUUGACUGUAAUAUCUUGGAACUUGAUCAAGUUGAUGACGGGGCCAGUGUUCAGGAGGUGCUGUCAGAGAUCACCAGUCAGAAGACCGUGCCCAGCAUCUUCGUGAAUGCAGUGCAUCUGGGCGGAUGUGACCGAACUGUCCAGGUGACAGCAGUGCCGUGUGUCCUUGAAUGCUGUCCAUUCAAAGCCCACAAGAGCGGUUUGUUACAGAAGCUCCUCCAGGAGGGUUGCGUGUACGACUACGACCUCAUCGUCAUUGGUGGCGGCUCUGGCGGGCUCUCGUGUGCUCAGGAGGCUGCCGUGCUGGGGAGGAAGGUCAUGGUGCUGGACUUCGUGGACCCAUCGCCCCGGGGCACGGCGUGGGGUCUUGGCGGGACUUGUGUGAAUGUUGGCUGCAUCCCUAAGAAGCUGAUGCACCAGGCCGCCCUGCUGGGGCAGGCACUCAUCGACUCCAGGAAGUUCGGCUGGGAGUACAGUCACCAAGUGAAGCACAACUGGGAGACCAUGACCGAAGCCAUUCAGAACCACGUCGGCUCCCUGAACUGGGGCUACCGGCAGGCUCUGCGGGAGAAGGCCGUGGCCUACGUCAACUCCUAUGCGGAGUUCGUCGAACACCAUAAGAUCAAGGCAACCAAUGGAAAAGGACAGGAAACGUAUUAUACUGCUGCAAAGUUUGUCAUAGCAACAGGGGAAAGGCCACGCUAUUUGGGAAUCCAAGGAGAUAAAGAGUACUGUAUCACUAGCGACGACCUCUUCUCGCUGCCCUACUGCCCGGGCGCGACCCUGGUGGUGGGUGCAUCCUACGUGGCGCUGGAGUGCGCGGGCUUCCUGGCUGGCCUGGGCCUGGCGGUCACGGUCAUGGUGCGCUCGGUGCUGCUGCGGGGGUUUGACCAGGAGAUGGCCGAGAGGGUGGGCGCCUCCCUGCAGCAGCUCGGCGUCCGGUUCCUGCGCAAGUUCGUGCCGGUGGAGGUGCAGCAGCUGGAGAAGGGCUCACCCGGGAGGCUGAAGGUAGUGGCUAAAUCCACGGAAGGCGCGGAGACCGUCGAGGGCGUGUACAACACAGUUUUGUUAGCAGUUGGUCGUGACUCCUCUGCGAGGAACAUCGGGCUGGAGAAGAUUGGCGUCAGAGUCAGUGAGAAGACUGGCAGAAUCCCAGUGAACGAUGUGGAGCAGACCAGCGUGCCCUACGUCUACGCCGUCGGGGACAUCCUGGAGGGCAGGCCUGCGCUCACGCCCGUCGCCGUGCAGGCGGGCAAGCUGCUGGCUCGAAGGCUUUUUGGGGGCCGUUUAGAAAAGUGUGACUACGUUAACGUCCCCACCGUGGUGUUCACGCCCCUGGAGUAUGGCUGCUGCGGGUACUCGGAGGAGAAGGCCGCUCAGGUGUACCAGAAGGAGAGCCUGGAAGUCUACCACACUCUGUUCUGGCCUGUCGAGUGGACGGUGGCCUGCAGAGACAACAACACCUGUUACGCAAAGAUAAUCUGCAACAAAUUCGACAACGAUCGGGUGAUCGGAUUUCACAUCCUCGGACCGAAUGCCGGCGAGAUCACCCAAGGAUUCGCAGCGGCCAUGAAGUGCGGGCUCACGAAGCAGCUGCUGGACGACACCAUCGGGAUCCACCCCACGUGCGGAGAGGUGUUCACCACCUUGGAGGUCACCAAGUCUGCGGGGCUGGACGUCGCGCAGAAGGGCUGCUGAGGCUAAGCCGCUGCUGUCACGCUCCCUGUCCCGCUCCCGGGUCUGUGGCUCCGCGAGGACGGGAGGCGGGGGCAGCAGCGGCAGGCGGCUGACGGGGGCGGGGCAGCCACACUGCCUCCUUGACGUCUUAGCUCGGAGCCUCCAGGGGAGCUGAGACCGACCUCUUCCCGUCAGCUCCCCCGAAAGACCUUCAGUCACACGGCGCCUCUGAGUCAGCGUUCCUGGUUGCUGGUGUGUUUAUCCCCUCGCUUUGUCGAGUCUUUUAUGAAACUGCCUGUAAAGUGGGCAUCUGGAGUGCACGAGCGCUGGUGCACCGUCUUCCCCUGUGGGCAUGUGUGGACCCGCGGGCAGACGGGCCUCUCCCUCUCCUGGUUCCCGAUGGUGAGCACCUGGCCGUUCUCCUCUUGGCGUCCUUGGACUGAGCGGAGUAUGUCACGUCACAGAGCGAUGCUUGAACGUCUCGUGUCGAUCUUAAGAGUAAUGUUAAAAGCGGUCAGCACUGUGUUAUGUGAAAUCUAAAA